AUAAUCAUUAAACCUUUCCGGAGUCCGAGCCCGGUGUUUGUAUACAGAAAAACUAUAUAGGCCUUUUCGUUAUGUACUGUUCGUAUAUAGAGAGCUGAAUAUUAUUCGGGCUCCGGCGAUGCAUGCUCAGUGAGUAGGGUUGCAGUUCCGGUCUUCUUGUACCAGAAGUUAUUGGCAUGAUGCAAGUAAUUUGACCGUAAACUAAUUAGGGAAAAGGGCCCGGAAAAGGGGAGCCCGAACCGAGACCGAUCGAGGCGCCGAAGCGGUAAGAAGGAGCGAAAGCUACCGGGGUAUACCUAGAGAGGAACAGAAGAAUCGUAAAACAGAUAUGAAAAUGGAUCUGUCAUUAUACAGUUCCGAUGAUUGGCUAGAACAUUCAGUCCAUGGAAGUUUUUACUAUGAUGGAAUUAAAUUCAAUGCCUUGGUCAUCCCGUCAAGCAUCGAAGCUAUGAAGACGUUUGAUGUCAGAGAUGAUGAUAUCUGGAUCAAUACUUAUGCCAAGUCAGGAACUCAUUGGACGUCGGAGAUCGUUCAUUUAAUAUUAAACCACGGUAAUCCAGAGACGAUCGACCGAACGACCACGCAAGGGAACAUCGAGAUGAUCUACUUCCAGAAAGAUUCUUAUGAUGAGGGAAAGACGCGACAUCUCCCAUUCUAUAAGAUCAUAGAGAAGGCACCGUCACCUCGUAUCAUACAGUCUCACCUACCUGUUAAAUACCUUCCACCUGGAAUUGAUGAGAAAAAAGCUAAGGUGAUCUAUGUUGCUCGAAACCCAAAAGAUGUGAUUACUUCCCUCGAUCGAUUCGUAGGAAAUAAUGAGAUGGGUGAUUACAUCAGAUGGCAAGGUGCCCUCAAGGAAUUCAUGGCUGGAACGAGGAAUUAUGGCUCAUGGUUUGAUCACGUGAAAACAUCCUGGGAUCUACGUCAUCAAGAAAACAGACUCUUCAUCAAAUAUGAAGAUAUGAAAAAGGACCCAAAGGGAGCCGUCGAAUCAAUCGCUGGAUUUCUGGAGCGCCCUCUGUCGGAAGACACUGUACAGAAAAUUGUGAAAAACAGUUCAUUCAAAGGAAUGAAGAAAAGUUUUGAUAAGAUUGAAGAAGCUGGAAAAGAGGAACUCGUCAAAGCUAUGGGGAAAUAUCCCUACAUGAGUAAAGGUGUAGUCGCAAGCUGGAAGAAACGAUUCACGGUGAGCGAGAAUGAAGAGUUCGACCGAGUCUAUCAAGAGAAAAUGGCUGACACUGAUUUGCGAUUCGAUUUUGAGUAGGCAUUCUACAGUAUUAAAACUUAAUAAUACCGCCACUCAAGAAGGUGCUUUAUAAUGAGAAUAAUAGCUGGAUUUAUAUAAAGCUCUUUGCCUGAGUAUACAAAGCGCUGCAAUUAUUACCACGGCUUUAGCUGCGCUGCCUAUAGGCGCCCAAGCAUUCGCGGAAUAUCUGCCUACCGGUUACCCAUUUUCCUCACCUGGGUUGAGUGCAGCACAAUGUGGGUAAAUAAUUCUUGUUGAAGGAAAACACGCCAUAUGGCUGGGAAUGAACCCACUUCCCUCAAGAUCAAAAAGACGAGACUCACAGCAACUAGACCACGACGCGACGCCCCCACACAUAAUUAUGAACGCGUUACUCGGACAUUAGGUCACACAGUUUAUUUCAAAUUUUUGAAAAGAAGUGAAUGGAUGUGAUAGACAUGCACUUCUCGAAUCUCUCUUUUUGUACAAUUUUUUUCAUUUUUCUUCUCUCCAUUUUUUUUUUUCGAAAAAAAAAACACGGACCGUCACCCCUGCAGUGGCGGCCGUUGUCCAAAAUUAUUAACCUUAAGAAUAAAAACAAAAAACGUGUUAAAUUAGAUGACAAAUGACACAAAAUAAAAUUACGAUAACAAAUAAAACAACUUUUAUUGAAAGAUAAGUUAAAGCAGAAAUAAAGACAUCAUGUUUAUUUCUGGAUGUUUAUGUAUCUUUUAUGGGUUGCUUAUUUCUAAGGUUGAUAAUUUUGGCCCUUGUGGCUGCCCAUAACCCUGGAUCUUAGCACCGCCCCUGUUUGAUUAGAGUUUUCGCAUUUACUACGGAGUCGCUCUCUUCAAUGCAUCAAUUCCUUUGAAAAUGCACGUCAAAUCAAAAUGGAAAGCUGAGAGGCUUUUGUCGGAAGUGAACCGGGACAGCAGCGUAGUCUCUUGACUCUGGUCAACGACUUUGCAAUUGUUCGUCCAGUCCAAAUCUUUGGAUGGUUUACUCUCUUGGUCCACAAAAGCCUCUCGAGAUCAGCUCUCCAUUGUGGUUUGGCUAGCAUUAUUAAAGGAAUUAGUGCGUUGUACAGAGCGACUCCGUGGUAAAUGCGAAAACUUUCUAAUACUACCUCAUUUAUGUCUGAAUAUAAAAAGAGGGAGAAAAGCAGAAAAUAAAUCUUACGUGCAAUAAAGAGUGUCUAUUCU